CCGGAAACAGCUCAAGGUCACCAUGGCUGGACUUGUGAAAAAGAUCUAUUCUACUUCUAGGCUAAUAGAUGGCAGAUAACAACUGCGACUGGUCUUACUGGAAUGGCUGUGGCAAAACAUCCACAUCAGAGUUUGAAGGUUCUUUACACCAAGAUUCUAAACACAUUGGGAGCCAUGCCGCAAGACGCUAUGUAUAGGAAACACACAGAGACUAUUGUAAAAUCUAGACUGGCAUUAGUCCUUGCAGAACCAAAUGCUCUUAAGUUGGAAGAAAAAAUCAAUGGUGGGCAAAUUGAAGAAGUUGUAUUACAGGCCGAGCGGGAGUUACUUCUUGCACGUAAAAUGAACCAAUGGAAGCCAUGGGAACCAUUAGAAAAUGAACCCCCUAAAAAUCAAUGGAAUUGGCCAUUAUAGAGGACAAUCUAGGAAAUACACAUAAUGCCACCAUAUUGGCUUUUAUAGAUAGAACUGUUGUAUAUAAAUUAUGAAUAGCUCUAGGGUUCUCAUUUGAAGGAACCUAUUAUCAGUUGCCUUCCCGGAAUCCAUAUAAGACUCUCCAAUGCAGAAUACAGCUAUUGAAUGUACAAUUUUGCAAGUUUUCAUCCAACAUAAACCUACCUUUCAAUAAUGUAGAUGCCAUGACAGUGUGUUUUCUUUCCGACUUGGUGUCUCAAUAUUCUGCACUUAUUCAAUUUAAUAGGUUGUCUCAUAACAUUUUAUUUGAUGUGAAUAACAAUUCAUUUAAUCCUGUAAAUGUGAAUAAACAAAAGAACUAAUAUUAA